UAAAAAAUGUUAUAUUUUGUUAUUUAAAAAAAUUUGUGUCUCGAAUAAUAAUCUUUGCACUUCACCCAUUAAAAUUAUUAUGCGAUUAAGGCAAUGCUGUUAUUUGGUGAGUUUUGUUUAUCUUGAGAACUGAGCAAAUGAUAAGACGAACAUUGCAAUUAACAUGUUAUAUACAUCAUUAAAUACAUAUCUUCGUAUGUAUGUAUAAUUAACAAAACUGAAUGAAAAAAAACGUAUUGUGCAAUAAAAUUAGCAACUGUGAAAAAAUUAUAUAUACUUGAGUGAUAAACCAAUUUUAGUACAUACGAGUACUUCGAAUGCGGAUUUUAGACGUUCAGACUUAAAGGAAAUAAAUUUUUCUUUACUCUUAAGAUAAAUUGAUUAAAAUACAAUAUACAUAUAGUUUUAAUAUAAAAUUAUUUGAGGUAAUUUUAUUAAAAGUGAAGUGAACAAAAAAAUACAGAAAUGAGUCAACGCGGUGUCAUUCCUACACACAUAAAGGCUGAUGAAGAAGAUGAUGAUGAAACUAUUGACGGGUCUUUUAAUAGAAUUCCAAGAAACAGACCAACGAUAAAUAUAGUUAAAAGCAAUACUGGAGGUGCCGAGUCGCCUAGCUCCUCAACCGGACAGCAGCCCGUGACGCCAAAUAAUGGUGAAGAAAUCGAUGCCUUACCAAAUGAAAUCUCCGCUCCGUAUGAGGUACCACAGUUUCCUAUCGAACAGAUAGAAAAGAAAUUACAAUUACAACGCCACUUAAACGUCAGAGCUAUGGGAUCUGAAAGAUCAACAUAUGAUUUUUCUGAAGCUAAUAAUAUAAUACAAGACGAACAUGAUUUUGCUGCAAGCUUUCAGCGUGUUUCCAUAUCUGGUGAAGAUACAAGUGGUGUGCCAUUGGAGGAUUUGGAACGUGCUUCCGCACUAUUGAUACAAGCCUUAGAGUUACGUGCACGUUAUAUGCAAAUGUCUGAUCAAUCAUUUCCAACAACGACUUCCAGAUUUCUAAAAACUAUACAACAACGAAAUCGUUUUAGUCACAUUGAACAUGAGGACCGCAAAACCAUAGCAGAAAUAAUCCGCAAGAUCAGUCUUCCCGACAUCCAAACGGAAGAUCAUCCCAUCCAUCCACCCACGGACACCGCUAAUCCAUGGGAUCUAGAAUUUCCACCAGAUAAAAACUUCGUGAUUAAACCAGUUGAUGGCGUAUUUCACAUAUAUGAAGAUGAAGUAAGCGAUACUUCCAUGAAUUAUAAUUAUCCAACGUUGAAGGAGUUUGUGAAUGACAUGCAAAUUAUGUGCAAUAUGAUCGCCGAUGGACCAUUAAAAUCAUUUUGUUAUCGUCGCCUUUGCUAUUUAUCAUCCAAGUUUCAACUUCAUGUGCUACUAAAUGAUUUGCGUGAGUUGGCUUCACAAAAACAGGUGCCACAUCGUGAUUUUUACAAUAUAAGAAAAGUAGAUACUCACAUUCAUGCAGCUUCAUGCAUGAAUCAAAAACAUUUGCUGCGUUUUAUCAAAAAGACACUUAAGAAAAGUGCCGCUGAAGUGGUGACUGUAACUAAGGGUCAAGAAAUGACAUUAGCACAAGUCUUUCAAUCAAUGAAUCUGACUACAUAUGAUCUCACAGUAGAUAUGUUGGAUGUGCACGCAGAUCGUAACACUUUUCAUCGAUUCGAUAAAUUCAAUGCCAAGUAUAAUCCUAUUGGUGAAUCCCGUUUACGUGAAGUCUUCCUUAAAACAGACAAUUACUUAAAUGGCAAAUACUUUGCUGAAAUCAUAAAGGAAGUUGCUUUUGAUCUUGAAGAAUCUAAAUAUCAAAAUGCGGAAUUACGUCUUUCGAUUUAUGGUAAACAUCGUGAAGAGUGGACAAAACUCGCCAAAUGGGCGAUAGAUUAUAAUGUAUAUUCUCCUAACAUACGUUGGCUUAUACAAAUUCCUCGUCUUUUCGACAUCUUUAAAUCCAAUAAUUUAAUGAGCUCAUUCCAAGAAAUUUUAAAUAACAUAUUUUUGCCAUUAUUUGAAGCUACAAAUCAACCUAGCAAAUAUCCAGAACUUCAUCGUUUCAUGCAACACAUAAUAGGUUUCGAUUCAGUCGAUGAUGAGUCCAAACCUGAAAAUCCACUAUUCGAUGGUGAUAUCUCUACACCACCGAAUUGGACAGAAGUUGAUAAUCCACCAUAUGCAUACUAUAUUUAUUAUAUGUAUGCGAAUAUAACAGUUUUAAAUCAAUUCAGAAAGGAUCGUGGCUUGAAUACAUUUGUAUUACGCCCACAUUGUGGCGAGGCUGGUCCUGUACAGCAUUUAGUUUGUGGCUAUUUAAUGGCAGAAAAUAUUUCACAUGGUUUACUUUUACGCAAAGUGCCUGUUUUACAGUAUUUAUAUUAUUUAACACAGAUCGGGAUUGCUAUGUCUCCGCUAUCCAAUAAUUCACUUUUCUUGAACUAUCAUCGUAAUCCAUUACCUGAGUAUCUAGCAAGAGGAUUAAUUGUGUCACUCUCAACAGAUGAUCCCCUACAGUUUCAUUUCACAAAGGAACCGUUAAUGGAGGAAUACAGCAUUGCCGCACAAGUGUGGAAACUAAGCUCAUGUGAUAUGUGCGAGUUAGCAAGAAAUAGUGUUAUAAUGAGUGGCUUCCCUCAUAAGGUGAAACAACACUGGUUAGGACCAAAUUACACACGUGAAGGUGUGGCUGGCAACGAUAUAACACGCACUAAUGUGCCAGAUAUUCGUACUGGUUACAGACAUGAAACGCUUUUGGAUGAAUUAUCGAAUAUUUUCAAAGUGCACGAGGCACCAAAGGAAAAAGUUUAAAUUUAAUAUGAAAAAUGAAUAAAAAUCAUAGAAGGCAAAACUAACUUUGUUUACAGGAAUUAAUAAAUGUAUUAUGAAUUUACUUAAUGUUAAUUAAUAAUAAAAUAGCUUUCAAUUUUAUUUACAAAUGUAUUUGAAUAUAUCGAAAUUAUUCAUUAGUUAUAUGCAAACAAUUUAUAUAUGAGAUUGAGACCAAAUUUAUAAGCAAGAGCAGCUAAAUAG